AUGGCGUUGCCAACAAAGUCUAGCAUCUUGGACCUGAUCCAAUGCACCAGAUCCCCAGAGGAAAGCCAUGAGGCGUGGGCACAGUGCAAAGAUGCUGGGAGACAGCUACCUGAGUACAAGGCAGUGAUGGUAGGUGCAAGUGGGGUUGGGAAGAAUGCUCUCACCAUCCAGGUGACUCACCAUUGCUUCCUGAAAGACCACGACCCCACUAUCCAGGAUUCCUACUGGAAGGAAGUGGCCCUGGACAACAACGGAGGAGGCUACAUUCUAAAUGUGCUCGAAACAUCUGGGCAGGAGAUUCACCGGGCUCUGCAUGACCAGUGCUUGGCAGUUGGUGAUGGUGUGUUGGGCGUCUUUGCUCUUGAUGACCCUUCGUCUCUGGACCAGCUGCAGCAGAUAUGGUCUACCUGGACCCCUCACCACAAGCAGCCUCUGAUUCAGAGGGCCCAGGAGGCUGUGGCUGAGUCAAACAAGAAGACCAGACGCCACAAAGCUCUGUGUACCUGUGGCUGCUCUGUAGCCUGA